GGAACGUCAGUCACUCUUCAGCACUCGGGCAGGGGAGUUUGUGCGUUCCAGCUAAAAAAUACGUGAUCGUCAUAGUUACCUUACACCGUAACUAUCACUUUUAGUUGAUCUCGUAGCUCGUAUCUAAACUCUUAUCUCUUAUCCGCGAGAUCGGAGCCAACAAAUCGGGUUUUAAUGGUUGCACUAACAGUACUAUCUACUAAUUAAGUAGAACAUCAUUUUAUUUUUCGUACGUCUGAUCCUAAUGCCGUUACUACUAGCCGAUGGAUACGCUCUGUAGUUUAUUGUUAUUUUAAACUCUUGACUGUAUUACCAGUGAGUGUCUUAUUCUUUAAUUAUUUUAUGUCGCGGGAAUUUUAAAUUUUGAAUUUUAAAUAAUAAUAAUAGUGUAGUAUGGAGUAGGAUUUUAUUUAAAAGGAUAAAGGGAGUGAUUUUAUAUAUUUAUCUCAAGAGUGACUUCCGUGACAUCACGAAGAGUGAAUUCAAGGUUGGUUACGAAGCCGGUUGCCGGCUUACGUUUCACGUGGUGAGGAGAUUUUUCUUAUUCUCCUCCUACUCCUUCGUCAUCAUCAUCUCAUUCUAACUCUACUCCAAUUCUGUUGCCGGUUUCUGGCUGCAUAUGAUGGAUACACUCGCGUUAAAAACGCGUCUCCACGUCCUCAGAACUCACUGUGGAGCUCUUGCUACAAGUAAACUCUGAUCACCGAUUAUUUAACAGUGCGCGCAAGUGUUGAUGUCGAUAUUAUUAUUAAAUUAAUAAUAAUAAUAAUAAUAAUUGGUGGGUAAUCUGGAUUCGAUAUCUCGAGCUAAGAUAUUUGAUACUACAGAGUGCGUGGUCAUAUUGAUAUUUGAAUAAAAAAUAAUAAUAAGAGUAAUCGUGAUCGUCGGUCAAGUGUACAGACCGGUUCCGAUGGUCAGUCACAAGUGCGGAUUUUUUUACCAAGUGUCCAACAUUGAAAUAUUGAGCGUUUACUCAUCAGCGUUUGAAAUCCGCGGGUGUUGAUCGUGAAGUGAGCAAGUUAUUAACAAAUAGUUAACCAUUUUGUAUAGUAAAGUAUUGAAAGUGUGGGUGGAUAAGCUAUUAUUUAAAUAUAUAAAUAUAUAUAUAUAUAUAUUUAUUUGUUAAUUAAUUAUCAAUAAGACAGCCAUGGAUAUCCUGCCGAGCGGGAAUAUAUUUAGAGAGUUGCAGGACAUUCAUGAUACCGGAUAUUUUUCGGCGCAGCCGUCGCUCGAGGAUCACUGGCAACAGACUUGCUAUGAGAUGGAGAGGUACCUGAAAGAUGAACCUAAGCUACAAUCGUACAAAAAACUGCCCACGGAGCUGGACACGGCGCCCUGGAACCUUUUCAGAGCGCCACCGCUCUCGUGGACUGCGACGACUUGCACCACUACCGCACAGUAUGAAUCCCAAAUCAAAAUGGAGGUGACCGCAUCACCAGAUGACAGGGAUCCCCUGUGUUUGGAUGACAUCAAAUUCAGUCCUGGUGACCACAACCACAAUGGACGAGACAGGGAUUUGCUUGAUCGUCAUCUCGAUUCCCUCUCUAUGUCAUCUGCGAGCUCAGCGUGCUCUGCUCUUUCAUGGGACAGCUCGCCGACCCUAUCAUGUCGGGCGCUUAUUUUGAAAAAGGAGCCCAGUGAGGAUUUGGAAGAGGAUGAAGAGCAUGAGGAAAUCGAGGAAGAAGAAGACAGCGGAUGCGAAGGCGAAGGCCAAAUUCUUACACCACCAUCGAGUCCUGAAUCGGGUCAGGGCCAUUCAAAUUCCAGUAAUUCGUCGAGUGGCAGUUCCAUGUUGGAUGUACACAAUUUAAAUUUACAUGGCGCUGGCGGGCGAAACGCCAUUGUCAGGGUUACCGCAACAAACGGGCAAGGUGUUGCCAGAUUAAUCUCCGUGACGGCAAAUGAUUUCCCAGUAGUUACAAAUACGCAGCAUCAGCACACAGGUACCACAGCAGUUGCAACGACAGUAACAAGCAGGCAUCAUGCCAGAAGUCACGAACACAGUCCCCAAGAUACUAAACGUAGAAUACACAAAUGUACAUUUCCAGGAUGUAAAAAAGUUUAUACCAAGAGUUCGCAUCUCAAGGCGCACCAGAGAACGCACACGGGUGAAAAACCAUACAAAUGCAGUUGGGAAGGAUGUGAAUGGCGAUUCGCCCGUUCAGAUGAGCUGACACGUCACUACCGCAAGCACACGGGAGCUAAGCCAUUCAAAUGUCGACACUGUGACCGGUGUUUUUCGCGCAGCGAUCACUUAGCUCUCCAUAUGAAGAGACACGUCUAAUCCACUCAGUCUCUCAUAAAAAAAAAAAAAUAAAUAAAUAAAUAAAAAUAAAACACCACCCCACUUCCAAGUGUGUGAUCAGUGAGCAAGAAUUUAUUUAAAUGCAUGCCAUGCUCUCUGGCAUUAUGGCAAUCCUCUUUACAUCGUCGUCGCUAUCAUCUUCGUCAACGUUACGGAACGAACUAGCCUAGCCGAAGGAUUUAAAUAAAAUAAAACUAAAUAUUAAUAAAUGAAAGGAAUUAGUCGACAAGUUCUCUCGUACAUUAUAAACUUCCAACUUCCUUGCUUCCAAGUUCAUCUUACUUGUUUUUACUUCAUUGCCGCUAAGACAUCUGUCCGCGUAUUUUAGUCGUCAACCCGAGACAAAUUUUUUUUUACUCAUUAAUGAUUUUACGAUUUUAAAAUUACUAUUAUUAUUUUUAGUUAUAGUUGUAGUUUUUAUUAUUAUUAUUAUUAUUAUUAAUUAACACCUCGGUGGCAAGACAAAAAAAUUGUGAUCAAGUGCUGAGAAGUUUUAAACUGUCUCUUAAUCAGCCACGAACAAGAUUUAUAUUUUUAUUUUUAUUAUUAUUAUUAUUAAUAUAUAUAUAUUUAUUUCGAGACACGUUAAACCACUGCCAAUAAAAUAUUUAUUAUGAUGACGAUAUACCGGCGUAUUCGUAAUUAUAAAAAAGUAAAUAUAUAAGAACAAGUAUCGAUGACAACGAGGAACGCAACGAGAUAUUAGGAAAAAUUAGAUCGAAAUUAGGUAAAUUUUCUUAGGAAAUUAAUGCAUCGUUCGUAUAUUGAGAUGCAUAUUAUCAAAUAAAAUUGAUUUUUAUUGCAAUUAUUAUUAUGAUUAUUAUUAUUACUAUUAUUAUUAUUAUUAUUAUUGGAGCCUCGUCUGGAUCCUCGGUGCUACGAAAAAAAAAAAUUGAUUGAAUUGAAACCUAAAAAAUGUCAUCUUGAUUUAUAGAACGAUGCUAUUGUUUAGAUAAAUUUGAAUAAAUUAGUACGAAUUUGAGAUAAAUAGAUUGAGUUAAUUGUAUAAAAUUAGCUAAUGAAAAAUAUAUAAGCAAAUGAUAUUUACUGAGAGAUCGUCACUAAUUUCUAGUUUGUAAUAAAUAAAGAUGAUUUUUCGAUGAUUUUAUAAUGACGACAGAGGACUUAAAUCUAAAUGAUGUUCAGUGGCCAAAUAAAUUAAUUGAUACAUGUAGAUGAUAAAUAUGUAGUUUGUAAAUGUGUGAAAGGUUAAAUUGAUGAUUAAUGAAAAAUAUAAAUAUAUAUUAAAAAUAAAAUAAAGUAAACAAGUAGUAAAAUGUUGUUACGUUAAGGUGUGAAUGGACUCGCGUUCGUAUAGAAAAAUAAAUUACAAAUUAAUUAGAAAUGUAACGCGAAGGAUGACUGAUACGUAGACUAAGUAAAUGAUUAAUAAAUAAAUUAAGUAAGUAAAUAAAUGAUAAAUUAACGAGCCAGAGCAAUUACUGAGUUUGUAUAUCGUGCAAUUUUUUCAAUGUUUCAUUAUUUGUUACCACAUUUCACAAUUUAAUAAUUGUAGUCUUAAGUAAUGAAGAAUGAUGUAGGUAUUUAAUGAAAAAAUGAUAUAAUUAAAUGAGUUUAUUAAUUUAAAGGAAAGGAAAGAGAUAAAUAUUUAAAACUUAAGGUUAAUGUGUGUAUGAUAUCAAGCGUAUUAAGCAAAAGUCUUAUUGAUAGCCAUAUUUUAACAAAAAAAACUAUUAAUUGCGGUGCCGGGCGGACACCAGUUACUUUUAAAAUCCCGAUAAAUGCACAAUCGAUAAAUGGAAUUACAUUUAAUAAUUACGCUUUCGCUUAGCGGGAAUCUUGCCAUUUGUAUCGCAAUUUGUCGUGAGCUCGAGCAGAGUUGAGGCUGAAAUUACUAUUAUUAUUAUUAUUGUAAUUAUUAUUAUAAAUUAUAAAUUCGCGUGAUUUAUUUUUUGUCGACGGAUUUUUUCGUAAUAAGGAUUUAUGCCGAGCGAUUGUUUAAUUUUCCCGGACCGUCAACGAGACUUUUGUACCAAUUUUCAUUCCUUCCAUAAGAAAAAAAAAUAAAAAAAAAGUAUAUAAAUUUUUUUAUUAAAAUUAUUAUUAUUAAUGUGCGUAAUAUAUAUCAAAAAUGAGUCAGUUUAUAAUACUAUUAUAUAUUAUAAAUUAUAAAUUAUGAAUUAUUAUUAAUAAUAAAAGUAAUUAUUAUAAUAAUUAUAAUUAAUAUAUACGAGAAAAAAAUAAUGUAUUAUGUAUUAAUUAGGUUGGCUAAAAAUAUUUCACGAUUAUAAAAAUUUUUAAAUUAAUUACGAACAAGUAAAAUAAAUAUUUAACGAUAAAAUAAACUUAAAAAAAAAAUGAUAAUGAUAAAUAAGUUUAUUCCAAGCUGUUAUUUUAUUUUUUAAUUUUCUCAAUAAAAUAAAAUAAAUUUUAUUCUAUCGAAAAAACACAUCAAUGGUAUUUUAUUUCACUUAAAAAUACCUGUUGCAUUAUAAAAUAUUAUUUUAAUACGCUUUGUUUUAUUUCAUUUUAGCCAACCAAUGAUAAGAAUCCUCGUUUCAAAGAUAAAUUAAUUUUUAAUUAUUUUUUUUUAUAUCGUUCAAUUUUAUCUGUUUUCAUUUUCUAUUGUUUUGUUAUUUGUUUCUUUUACUUUUUUGCAUUGAAUGCUUCUAUAUUUCUGACGAUUUUCACAGCCAUUUACGCAAGAGUAAAUAUAUAGAUGUAUAUAUAUAUAUAUAUUUAUAUAUAUUUUGGUAAACGAGAAACAAGAGCUGAAGCGAGUGUAAAUGAAGUGGGAUGAAGACGAAAGAAAAGAAAAGAAAGUAAAAAAAAAUAGUAAAACGGUAAAGGCAGUAGAAACAUUUCUCUUAUUCCGUAUCCUCCUUUCCCGGCAUGAGUGGUAAACACUUUUGCACCAUUCGCCAAUCGAGAUCCAAGUUUGUAGAGGCUCUGAACCGUUUUUCAAAGAACGUUUUUCAUCACCGAGUUUCGCGUUUCUCUACUCUCUUUCUAGCUUCGCCUUUCUCUCCACCCGAACCCCAACCCCAACCCCAACCCCUUCAGCUACCCUUGAACUCACCUUUCACAAUCUCCCUCUUGAGUUUCCACAAACGCGAUUUUCCCACAAGAGCCAACCAUCUCACAAUUCCCACCGACAAAGAACACCAGGAAAUUGUUCGCUCGGCACUUCCGGCCACGACGCGUCGCCUACGACAGCCUUCUCUUUUACCUUCAAUUCCCUUUUUCCCGCCCCCGCCCACCCCACCCCCUCUCUUCGUCUAUAAUUUUUUCCAGCAUCGCCGACGGUCCGAGAUAAAUUUUACAACGCGUUAUUUUAUCAACGGCCACAAUCUAACGAAAAUAUAGUAAAUCCGGUUUAUGUGGAGUUUAAAAGCUGGUUAACGCCCGGUUUCAUUUUUUAAAAUUACAUAAAUAAUACGUGAUAAUAUUAAGGAAUUGUCAAUGAAAAUUUCAUUGUAAAUUAUUUCCAACUAUUGAUCAUUUUUAAAUUUAUUAAAUAUAUAGCAAUUAGUUAAUUAGCUAGACACUUAAUAUAUUUAAAUAAAAAUAUUAAAAAAUAAAAAAAAAUAUGAUAAAGUUUGUAUGAAUGGCCGAUUAAUAUGUGAUGUAAUUUCAUGGAUUACUAGUGAUUAUGGUUACAGAGGGUAUAAAUAGGCAAAUAAAACCACUAAGUAUUUCCAAAUAAAAAAAAAAAUGCUUAAAUGCCGUAUCGUUUCACUACCAAAAGUUAAAACCACUAACAUUAUAUUAAUAGUAAUAAUUAUUAUUAUCAUAAAUGAUAAUUGCAAGUAUUUGAAUGCAUAUGUAAAUAUAUUUAUAAUUUAAUUAUGUGUACAGUGUCAGAUGUUAGGUGAGCACAAACAAAUGAAAAGUAAAAUAAUAUAAAUAGUGAGUAUUUAUUUGGGAAAAAUAAAGUCUCAAGGUCUUGUUAGCACGAGACAUAUAAUUGUAUCAUGAUAUAUAUUAAUAUAUAUUGUUAGUAUUAGUGAUAAGGUAUUAUAAGAUAGUGUAGAUGUGCGUAAGUGGUAAAAAUCCAAAAUCAACGAAAUCAAGGGUCAACAAAAAUGGCUAAUUUACGGCUAGUACUUUUGAAAGUGACAGUGUAACAAAAUAAUAAAGCUGAAGUGAUAAUUUUAAGCGAGUGAAAAUUAGAAAAUUAUUGUAAUUAUGAUUUAUUAUUUUAGUAGAGGACAUUAAUGAGGAGAGCGCAGUGAAAAAUUUUACGUCAAAAUUAAUACAGAUCGUGGGUAAGAAAAAAAUUAAGGGCGGGAGAUUUGAAUAUUAAUAUUCGAUUCAAAAUCUUGAUUAUUCGUGAAUUUAUUGAAAAAAAGUUUGGAAUUUUAAAUUUGAAUUCAAAAGUUUACGAAAUUUUGUGAUCAUUUAUUCGGUUAAAAUUUGGAAUCGACUACUAGUAUUUGGAUUUGAAUAUUAUCCGAACUACCCUACGGUCUAGAUAAAUUUUAGUAUUAUUUUAACAUAUCUCAUUUGUGUAAAAAAAAAAUUAACACAGAUAAAUGUUAAAAUUGUCAGUUGAAAAAAAUUUUUGGACACUCAAAUAUUAUCGCAAAAGAGUAAAAUUGAUCACAAUUAUGAAAAAUUUUUUACUGUGAAUGGCAAAUAUGAAUUUUGAAAUGUAGCAAAAGGAUGAAGAGUGAUCUGAGGAAUGAAUUCGGAAGUUUGAAUGGAGAUACCUAUAUUUUUAAAAAGUGACCUUUGGCAUUUAAGACUUGUAAAAAAAUAUUUGAAAACGUGCAACGAGUUAAUAAAUCAACAGGACGCAAUGUAACUUUAGGCGUCCGUCCUCCCGUUUUAAUUAAAUUAUAUACUAUAUUUGAAUUACUGUAUAUUUGCAUUAAAAUAAUGAUAAAAAAAAUAGCUGAAAUAUUCGGAGGAUAAAAGAUGGAAACGAUUUUACGGAGCUGGCUUAAAAAAUAAGUGAACUGUGAAAAUUAUCGUGCAAAUCAGCAGAGUAUCGGAAAUGGCUGAAGCCGUGUACUGACGGACUCUAAGUACAUGAAGGAAAGGAAAAAGUGUUAAAUAUACUUAUAUAUAUAUAUAAAAAUGAAAGAGGAAAAUAUGUAGCAUUUUAAUCUUAGCACGGGACCCGGUAUGAAAAAUAAGGAUUCGGUGAGUGGAGAGAUAGAUUUUUUUUUAUCAGAGCUGAAAAAUUCCGCUGGAGAAAAAUGCAUUCCGUUGACUCGAGAGUCGAGACACAAAAUCGAUCAAUCCGACCGGCGGAUUAUAUAGAUAUAUCCAGGCCUAAUCGAUAUUCUCGAAGUAUAACCCGCGGAUCGCAAUUUCCGAGAUUUCAAAUCUGCCAUGCCAUAGGAAUUCCGUAAAUAAGACGUGCGUUUUCGAUGUUAUGAUAAAAAAAAUUACAUAAACAUUGGAUUUUUAUACGAAUCCCUUUCGAUUUACAUUUUAUUAUUUAUUUUUUACUUUUUACUUGCCUGAAUUUUUUUAUAUUAGUGUAGAUGAGAAAACUCGGAUUUGAAUGCAGACAUAAGACUCGUGAGACGUUUCCAUUAGUAGUUUAUAAAAUUUCAUUCGAAUACCAUUUAAAAGAGUAGGCUAGUGUUUUUAGGGAUUUUAUACCGGCAUUGACUAAUAUUGAAUACUGAAUGAGAAAUAAAAUAAUUAAAUUAAAAAAACAAAAAAAAAUAUAUAUAAAAUUAAUAUUUAACAUUAAUGUCGAUUCGAAAAUUCUUUUUGGUCACUAAUAUAGAGCGCCUGGGCGACUGACAGAUUAAGUGUGCAGACGAAAAAAUAAAUAAACAACAAAAAAUACAAGUCCGUUUACAAUUCUCGUAUACCACAAUUCCGUACCUUGUUCAUUGAUAUCUCUAUUUGUAUAAUUGUGAAUAUAAUUGUAGAAAUUUCACAGAGAUUAUAAAACUGGCAUACAUGAUUCAAAAAUAAUAAACUAUAGUUGAGCUGUUUAAUAAUAUUUUUUACAAAGUGUAUUGGAAAAAUAAGAUUUAUGUGAGAUUUGCUGCGAUAAGGCGUGAAUGGGAGAUUUAUCGAACGAGAAUGUGAGCUAUUGGCAAAAUAUAAUAUUCGGUUUGUUUAUUAUUUUGAAUAGACGGUUUCUUUGCUUUUUAGCUGCACAGAUUUACUUUAUUUUUGAACAUAUAUAGAAAGUUUUGUAUUUAUAAGAAUUAUAUCUUGAUAUUUUUAUAAUAUUUUGGUCGAAGUUAUUAAUUGGUAGAAAUUUUUAUUAAUUAUUUUAAUUAUGUUAUAAAUUUUAUUAUAUAUGAUAUUUUUUUUUGUUUUAAUUCAAAAUUAUAUUUUAUUUUUACUUAUAGUUUUAAUUUUGUCCCAUAUAUUUGUGUGUUUUAUGUAGUAAUGGUUUAUUUUUUGAUAUUUUUAUGUAAAUUUUUGUUUACAAGAAUUUGAUGUUCAAAAAUUUUAGUUAUUAAUAUUGUUAAAGUUUAUUUUGGAAAUAGUAUAUAUAUUCAACCGAAAUAUACAAAAAAGAUAUGAUUCUUAUAAAAUUAAAUGACUCAAAAAAAAGUAUCACUUUCACAUUCUCUCCGUAAAAUUAUUUUAAAAAAUCCUCAGUCAACAUAAAUAACAAUAAAUAAAAAUUUUGCUCAACUUCUCGCAUUCUCUUGCUAGGUACUCGUCGAAAAAAAAUAUUAAAUCAUAUUAAUAAUAAUAAUAAUUACAAUUAUAGUUAUAAUAAUAAUAAUAAUCAUUUUAAAAAUUAUUUUACAUUAUAAUUAUAAGUGUAAUUAACUGCAAGCGUAUUAAAAAAAAGUGUAUGUUAGUCAUGUUAUAGAUAUAUAAAUAUGUAUGCGAGUGGAUGCUGUAGAAUAAUUUCAAGAAUGAUUAAAAAAUUAUAUAUAAAUAUAUAUGUAUAUGUAUAUAUAUAUUUAUAUGGAUGAAAGUAUGUAGACGAAUGUAAAAAAUAAUAAUAAAAGCCAAGCAUAAUUUGAUGCGAUGCGAUAUCACGAGAAAAUGUAUUAAUUAGAAGUAAAAAAAUAAAAAUCAAACUUAUAUGUAAAAAGUAAUUACUAAGUAAUAAAAA